AUGGCCAAAUCCAGUGGUUAUGUAAACCUUGUAAUGAGUCAAGGGCCAGUUCAUCUUGACUCCUGCGAACCUCUUCUCUUUACCGGCCAAAGUUUUGGUGUGUCUACUGUCAAAGAGAGGAGAAAAUGGUCACCGAAGGAGGAUUUAAUCCUCAUCGGUGCGUGGCUCAACACCAGCAAAGACCCAAUAGUGAGUAAUGAACAAAAAGUAGGUGCCUUCUGGAACAGGAUUGUAGAGUACUACAACUCCAGUCCUCAACUGGUUGGGACAAGCCCACGAGAACUUGGGCCAUGCAAGCAAAAAUGGGCUAGGAUCAACGAGGGAGUUUGCAAGUUUGCUGGCUGUUACGACAUGGCACUGAGGGAGCAGAGAAGCGGGCAAAAUGAGAACGAUGUGAUGAAGUCUGCCUUGGAUAUCUUUGCCAAUGACCAGGGAUCGAAGUUCAACUUCGAACAUGCGUGGAGGGAGCUUCGGCAUGAUGUGAAAUGGUGCUCUACCUAUCUGGAGAAGGACAAGCGCAAACCAGCGGAUUCCCAAGGCGACGGUGAAGGGGCAGUGCCAGAGCCAGAGCCAGAAGAGCGACCAAUAGGGGUUAAGGCUGCGAAGGCUGGUAGCAAGAGGAAGAAAACUGGAAAAGAGGAAGAGUUGGGUUUGUUAGCUCUAACCUUAGUUUCAGAUGUUUGCAUUAUACUAGUUUCAACUGUGAAGUACAAGACCAUGUGCUUGUUGAAGACAGAAGCUGGUAUCAAGUCACGGACGAGCUUCCCACCUUCAUCUAGACGAGCUUUCCACCUUCAUCUCCAUCAGCAGUUCCCACCAUCUCGACGAGCAAGAUCCGACAUGACUACUUCAGCGGGCGACAACCGUCUAUGGAAUGACUACUUCACUGAAGAUCCGACAUUUCCGCCUCAUUUAUUCAGACGCCGUUUCCGUAUGUACAAGGAAGUAUUCAUGCGUAUUGUCGACACCCUCUCAGCAAAUGUUCCAUUCUUUCAACAAAGAAGAGAUGCAGUCGGAAGGUUAGGUCUAUCAACACUACAAAAGUGUACGGCAGCUAUUCGUAUGCUUGCUUACGGCUCUGCGGCUGACGCCGUUGACGAAUAUCUCCGACUUGGUACCUUAAACGAUAUUAACGUCCUUGAUCGGUCACCUGUUUUUGAUGACAUUUACCAAGGUCGAGCUCCAAGGGUAACGUACAUGGUCAACGGACACCAGUAUGAUUUGGCUUACUACCUCACGGACGGUAUAUAUCCAAAAUGGUCAACAUUUAUCCAAUCUAUCACACUCCCUCAAGGUUCUUAA